CAAACCUUGAUUAAGAUGACGAGUUGUCAUAGACCAGGGUCCAUCCUAGCACUAAAAUCUCACCUAAUCGUCAUUGCUCCAUCCCAAUCCGUACCCUGUGAUGGCAAGCGAACGCCAAGUAGCUAACGGCUGGAAAUUCCCGCUGCGUAUCUUCAAACUCUGUCUUCUCUCCAAACUUUGAAUCACUCUGUCCUAACGAUCUCGCAAGGCAUUGGCGGACCUUGCCAUCGGAGACCCGUUGCCACAUCUCUGUCAACGAACCACGACCUCCGUCGAAAUCAUGGCCGGGAACGUCACAUCGGAGUCUCAGGGCUUCCUGAACUUUCUGGCAGAUGACUACAAGCAGUCAAAGGCAGCAUAUCUGACAGUUCUGGGCGUGCUUAUCUCGGCAACCCUCUUGCACAAGCUGUUCUCUCCACAUAACGACAGCCGGGAGCCUCCUCUGCUUAAGCCUAGGAUUCCGGUUCUCGGACACUUAAUCGGGCUUCUUCGACACCAAGGUGGCUACAUCAAGAUCCUGUACGACUCGACGCGAGAACAGAUUGCUACUCUGCCCAUCCUCAAUGGCAAACUUUACGUCAUAUUUGACUCCGCCAUAAUUCAGUCCGCGUAUCGUAACAAGAAAUUGUCGUUCGAGCCUUUUGCGGUGGAGUUUGCACAGAGGGAGCUCAGGUUUAGCAACGACGCGCUCAAGAUCAUUCAGGAAACUACCCUUGUACCUGAGUUUUUCUCCGUGAUUCACCCAGCAAUGACGGGUGCACAUCUGCAUCGGAUGAACGCAACCGCUCUCAAUUAUGUAUCGAAUGAGCUAUACGCCAUUGGCAGCAGUGGCAAGCCCUUGGAAGUUCUUAAUCUCUACCAAUGGGUGCGAGAUUUGAUGACACUGGCAACCACAGAAGCCCUAUACGGACCCGACAAUCCGAUGAAGAAGUAUCCUGACCUGGUUCAAGAUCUUUGGACUUUCGAGCGAGACUUGCCGAUGCUGCUGUUGAACGUGUUUCCAGCCAUCACAGCACGAGCAGCUCACAAUGCAAGGGCCAAGCUACAAGCUGCCCUGGCAGAAUACUACGGUGCGGAAAAGGACCAUCACGAGGACGCAGCCCAGAUCGUGAAAACCCGAGCAAACGUUCUCCGAAGUUACGGCUUUCCCGGCACAGAAGUUGGCAAUUUUGAGCUUGCUUUGCUGCAUGUCGCCACGGCCAACACUAUACCCACGCUGUUUUGGUUCAUGGCACAAAUAUUCACCCGGCCCGAACUCGUGAUGCGGCUCAGAGAAGAAGCGUUGCCGGCGGCACAACAUGGCACUGAAAACGAGGUAACCAUCGAUAUCACCACGUUAGACCAGAAGUGCCCACUACUCGUCAGCUGCUACCGCGAGGCUAUUCGACUCUCCAACCAGGCUGUGGGUAACCGCAGAGUAUUGGAGGACACCACCGUCUCGGACGGAAAGGGCAAUUCGUAUCUGCUGAAGAAGGGUCUCAACGUACAGAUGUCCGCCGAGGUUCUCCACAGUCUGAAGGGUGUUUGGGGUGACAACGUAGACGAAUUCGACCCCGAGCGGUUUAUCGAGAUGAGUGGAAAAGAGAAUGUUCAGACUGAAAAGGCAAAGCGGUUGUCGUUUAUUCCCUUUGGCGGCGGCCGAAACCUGUGCCCCGGGCGCAACUUUGCCUUUGCGGAGAACUUGGGCUUUGUGACCUGUCUGCUCCUGGGCUUUGACGUUUCGCCAUUGGGCCAGGAUGUUGACUUCAAGGUCCCAGUCAAGAUGAGAUGUAGUUUCUCUGAAGCGGCGGGCAAGCCGAUUAAUAAUGGCGAAGGAUUUGGGGUCCGAAUUCAGAAGAAGAAGGGCUGGGAAUCGACCAAAUGGUUGUUUUUGUCUUAGAAGCAGCUGAACACUCGGUUUAUCAUUGGUGGAGAGAAAUCUAGUUAUUGGUAACACAGCCAAAAAGGCAAUGCAGCUGAUGUUACACCAUUCCCAACGUCAUUAAUCACGGGACCAUCCGCAUUUUGAAUCGGCGAAUAGGCAAUCAGGGACUUUUAUUGGCCUCUAUUACUAAGUUGAUGGUGCUAAUAUCAGAUGUCACUCAUGCCUUUCAAUGAGG